AUGUGCUGUGUUUUGCGAUACGGAAAUGGAGGAAGGAAGGAUGGAGUCGGAUGUCCAGAUAUAACACGGAGGGCCAGAGACCCGUCACGGCCAACGGGCAUUGAUGAGGGUGAGGAGGAGGAGGAGACCAGUCUGGCCCAGGCGCACGCGUUUUGGUUGGUAGAGAAGCCAGAGGCAGAGGUAGGGAUGCAGCUGUGGGAUGACUGCUGGAGAGUGGAGUACGAAGUACCCGACGGCAAGAAGGCAUCUCAGUCACCUCCCGUCGGAGACCUAGAGCCUCUAGAGGAAAGAAAAGAGCAGUCGAGCCACCACAGCCACUUUGCGCUUGCCUGUAUCAGGCCAUCAGACGAUAAGCCCCAGACGGGCACUGGCCCAGAUGCCGGAGCCACGUUUGGCAGCCACUCCCACCCAAACAGUCGUAACCUCCUCGGCGAACCACUUCCCAGUUCACCUCCUCGCGUUGCCCUCGCCGUUGCAGUCCUCGGGUUUUCGGAUCUGUUUUCGCGCGGCUCGCGGUUUGAGUCGUCGGUUUUGCAUACACCGCUUACCGCCCACGCUUUGGUCAACUCGCGGGUCGCAACCAGAACGUGGAAUCGCGAGACUCAAAGUCGGCACCUAGGAGCGCAGGGCUCAAAUGAGCCAAGUCGGAAGUUUAUGGCCGCGCCUAACUGCCUACCUCAGAACUCCGUUACGGAUUCGCAUUUAGUCUGUCGCUUCCCUCUUCACCUCGAGAGCCUCAUCCAGUCUUCAACUAUUCAACAAUGUCCCAGGAAGAAAAAAGAUUCAAGAGACUUGACCACCCUGGCAGCUUUCCCUUCCAAGUUUCCUUCGAUACAACAACUGCGCGAACUCUAUCUAUGCUUUAAUGAGCUUGCUGCAUCUCUCACGGCGCAGACCGUCAAGUUUGAUUUCGAUAUCCUCUAUGCCUGCCAAACCCCCUUGAAGAUGGUCCCCUCUAAAAAUCAGGUUGGCUGA